UACACUAUAAAAGUGCCACUUCAUGGUUGGUAUAACGAGUAAUGCGCGCGCUCACAUUUUUCUUUUUCCAACCAGGAUAUGAAAGAGCAGGCUCGGUUCUCUCCACGAACAAGUGAAAGAUGGGCAAGGCGCUUAUAACAAUUAUUGUUGCUGCGAUCGCUAUAUUUGUUGGGGAAAGAGCAAUCAAUUUUAGGCACUCAAUGCUUGCUACUAGAGAACUUACUCGGAAAGAUCUACCCAACUGCCGCCCACUUCAGGGCAUAGACUAUGGAGCGGAGGAUAUCACUAUACUUAAGGAUGGACUGGCCUUCAUAAGCACUGGCUUGAAGUAUCCAGGUGCGCCUUCCUACUCCGAUGAUCCAGGAAAGAUCUAUACUGUGGAUCUACUGGAUCCUGAUUUGAAUCCUGUGGAGCUACGCAUUGAUGGAGAGUUUGACCGUUCUUCUUUCAAUCCACAUGGGAUCAGCGUGUACACAGACAAAAAGGAUGGCUCCAUUUACUUAUUUGUUGUAAAUCAUCCUGAAUACAAAAGUCAGAUCGAGAUUUUUAAGUUUCAUGAGCAGGAAAAUGCCAUCGUUCAUAAGAAAACCAUUAAACAUGAUCUCCUCCACAGUGUAAAUGAUAUAGUGGCAGUAGGCACUGAGAGUUUCUACGCCACAAAUGACCACUACUUCUCCAAUGAUAUGCUGAAACAUGCAGAACUCCUGCUCACCCUGCCCUGGUGUAAUGUAGUUCACUACAGCCCAGAGGAAGUGAAGGUAGUGGCUAAAGGCUUCCAUUUUGCCAAUGGCAUCAACAUCUCACCUGAUAAAAGGCACAUAUACGUAUCUGAUUUUUUUAAUCAUAAGAUUGUUGUCAUGGAGAUAGGAGAAAGUUCUACACUGACACAUGUUAAGGAGGUUGGAGUGGGAUGUCUCCCUGACAACAUUGAAGUUGACUAUGAAACAGGGGAUUUGUGGCUUGGCUGUCAGCCAAACGGGGCCAAGUUAUUUGCAAGUGAUCCUAAAGAUCCACCAGGAUCUGAGGUUAUUCGCAUUCAAAAUAUCCACUCGGAGAAGCCAGCUGUAACCCAGGUGUAUGCUGAUGACGGCAGAGUGAUCAUUGGAUCCUCCGUGGCAGCUCCCUAUGGAGGAAAGCUUCUCAUUGGAAGUGUCUAUCACAAAGCCUUAUGCUGUGACCAGAAGUAGAACAUUUCAGCCAUAACUAAUCCAAAUCUGAGCUGAUGUCAUAUUUGAGCAAUAUUCAUAUCAUGUCCUCUUAAUGUUGUUUCUCAGUGACCCUUGUUUAGCAGUUCAAAUAGACAACUGUAUAAUAAACAAAUUUUGUAAAUCAAAAUAUUCUACCUACAAAGGACAAAACUCUGGUGUUAAUUGUGGUAUAAUUAGAGCUGUUAACAUAGUCAGAGUUUAUAGGAGAUUUAUCUUAAUGCAGACCAUUUUCAGCUGUCAUUGCAAAAAAAA